GCGGUGGGAAAGGGCAGGCGCUCGGGCAAGAUGGCUGCCAAGGCUUUUGCUUCCCGCCUCAGAGGUUCCCGGGUCUUCCUGAGGGGCUUCGUGGUGGGGGCUGCCGUGGGCGCCGCGGGCGGGGGGCUCACGGCCCUGCAGCUGUUCCGGAGUCAGGACGCCGAAGCCGCCUUGGCGGGGAGGGAGCCAGACGGAUCUCCAGAAAAGGCUGUCUUGGGCCAGUUUGGAUUCCCAGACGCUGGGACGGAGACCAGGUGUUACACUAAUCACGCCUUGUCCUACGAUCAAGCGAAGAGAGUGCCUAGAUGGGUUCUCGAACAUAUAUCCAGAAACAAGAUAAUAGGUGAUGCGGACAGAAAGCACUGUAAAUUCAGGCCUGACCCCAGCAUCCCUCCAGCCUUCGGGGCCUCCAACGAGGACUACAUCGGAAGUGGGUGGUCCCGAGGACACAUGGCGCCAGCAGGAAACAACAAGUUUUCCAGUAAAGCCAUGGCAGAAACCUUUUACCUCUCCAAUAUUGUACCUCAGGAUUUUGAUAACAAUUCUGGAUUUUGGAACAGAGUGGAAAUGUACUGUCGGGAACUGACAGAGAGGUUUGAAGAUGUUUGGAUAGUGUCUGGGCCUCUGACCUUGCCUCAGACCGGAAAUGAUGGCAAGAAAACUGUCAACUACCAGGUGAUCGGUCAGGACAACGUGGCAGUCCCUUCACACCUGUAUAAGGUGAUCCUGGCUCGCAGAAACCCAGGGUCUGCUGAGCCCCUAGCCCUGGGGGCCUUCGUGAUUCCCAACGAGGCCAUUGGCUUUCAGCCCCAGCUGGCGGAGUUCCAGGUGAGCCUGCAGGAGCUGGAGAGGUUGUCGGGAUUGGUGUUUUUCCCACAUCUGGAUAGGGCUGGUGACAUUAGGAACAUCUGCUCCGUGGACACGUGUAAGCUGCUGGAUUUCCGGGAGUUCACCCUGUACCUGAACACAAGGAGGAUUGAGGGUGCCCGAUCGGUGCCCCGGCUGGAGAAGAUUCUGGAACACCUGAAGAACGCCGGGGUUGAGCCUGAUGAAUACUUCCUGAGCCGCUAUAAGAAGAAGCUGGAGGAGCUCACGGCGCAGGAACAGGCCAGAACGCCUUCCUAGUUCCAAUCUCAGAACCUCGGACGGGGAGCAGGCACGCUGUGGGCGGCUGAUGCGCCUUGAUGGCUUCGAUGUAAAGAAAUGAUGGGC